AGCGCAGGUGAUGCUGCCGCCAGCUUGACGUCAGUGUUUCUGUGACGGGAGCCAGAAGGCGACAGGUGAAUAAUUUACACUUUUUUACUUUUCAUCCUCCACCUGUUCAACGCCAAACAAACUCAGAGCCCCGCUGAGGGAAGAUGCCUCGGCACAAAGGACGUAAAUAACAGUAUUUCUAGUCGAUAGGACCAAAACACGCAACCACGCCGCAGGAGCCUGGACUUAGCAGUUGGGUUGUCCUGAGAGCAGGAACCUCGCAGACCGAGCCAUGCUGUCGGCGGAGGAGAUCCUGUGCAGCACGCAGCAGGUGAUCGCGGGCCUGGAGGCCCUGAGAGGAGAGAACCGCAGCCUGCUGGAGGGGCUGCAGGAGGCCAUGGAGAGCCGGACGUCCUCGUCCUCGCCGCCGCCGCCCUCGUCGUCGGGGAGCAGCAGCGUGGAGCAGGAGAAGAGCGGCAUCAUCCGGGAGUCGCUGGAGAGGAUAGAGCUGGGCCUGAGUGAGGCGGAGGUGAUGAUGGCUCUGUCGGCUCAUCUCGGUUCGCUGGAGGCAGAGAAGCAGAAGCUGCGUGCUCAGGUGCGUCGGCUCUGCCAGGAGAACCAGUGGCUGAGAGACGAGCUGGCCAGCGCGCAGCAGCGGCUGCAGGACCGGGAGCAGGAGGUGGUGACUCUGGAGGAGCAGAACCGACACCUGCAGUUCAUGGCCUCCAUCCGGAAAUACGACCAGGACGAGCCGCCGCUGGAUGACAGAGACGUUUCAUCCAACAAGGAGUCUCUGGAUGACUUGUUUCCCGCCGAGGACGAGGAGCCGUCACAGAUGUCGCAGCCUCAUCACAGCAGCGCCGCCGCCGCGGCCCAGCAGGGCGGCUACGAGAUUCCCGCCCGCCUUCGGACACUCCACAACCUGGUGAUCCAGUACGCCUCCCAGGGCCGGUACGAGGUGGCCGUGCCGCUCUGCAAGCAGGCUCUAGAAGACCUGGAGAAGUCGUCGGGCCACACCCACCCCGACGUGGCCACCAUGCUGAACAUCCUGGCCCUGGUGUACAGAGACCAGAACAAAUACAAGGAGGCGGCGAACCUGCUGAACGAUGCGCUGGCGAUCCGGGAGAAGACUCUGGGAGUCGACCACCCCGCUGUGGCGGCGACGCUCAACAACCUGGCGGUGCUUUACGGUAAAAGAGGAAAGUACAAGGAAGCAGAACCUCUCUGUAAACGAGCUCUGGAGAUCCGAGAGAAGGUUCUGGGGACGGAUCAUCCAGAUGUGGCCAAACAGCUGAACAACCUGGCUCUGCUGUGUCAGAACCAGGGCAAGUACCAGGAGGUGGAGCAGUACUACGAGCGCGCUCUGCACAUCUACCAGAGCAAGCUGGGACCCGACGACGCCAACGUGGCCAAGACCAAGAACAACCUGGCUUCCUGCUACCUGAAACAAGGGAAAUACAGACAAGCCGAAGCGCUGUACAAAGAGAUCCUGACCAGAGCUCACGAAAAGGAGUUCGGAUCCGUGGAAGGAGACGGACGCCCCAGCUGGUCCGCCGGCGAGGACGUCGGCUCCACGCCGGACGGACUCAAGCGCAGCGGCUCCUUCACCAAGCUCCGGGAGUCGAUACGCAAGAGCAGCGAGAAACUGGUGCGCAAGCUGAAAGGAAUAGGGAUGGAGGAGAUGACCCCGAGGAAUGCUGGGAUGAAGAGGGCCAACUCUCUGAACAUGCUGAACGUCGGGAACAGAGACAACCAGGACGGCAGCCAGACCAGCCACCUGACGGACAGCCGGGGCCUGAGCUCCAGCACGCAGAGCCUGUCGCGGCGCGGAUCGCUCGGCGGGACCAGCUAACGCCAGGACGCCACCAGAACCCCGUAGCUAAGCUCACGCUCCGGUCUCGGCUCCACCGGGACCUCCACCCUCGGCCCAGAACUCAAGAGCUGGACGGAGACAGAUCCACCGACCAAAGUAUGUACCGAUCCGGCUCGUCCCACCCGUCACGAGGCGUUGGGGUGGUUUCAUUCCCCUAAAGGUCCAAACAAGCUCUUUUAACGUAGUUAACCUUCUAAGAUCCAUCAGCCAUCAGGAAUCAUCAUCCAACAAGACGGAGAGACGGAACCCGAACCCGACGUGAGGCUUCAGGUUCUGUCGGGUCGCAGACGUCUAUUGGGAAUCAUCGUUUUUUAAAAAAGGUUGUAAACAAUGUUUAGAGGUUUUGCUCCGUCUACAGAAACGGGCGGCGCCGCGAUUGCUGACAUGAUAGAUUGAUGUUUGCUGUUCCCCCAUCAUGACAGACGUACUGAAUCGUUUCAUUCCUGGUUUUUAAAAUGUUUGUUAAUUCCAAACCGUAAACAUUUAAAACCCACGUCACCAGAAGUCUGACAGAAUAACAUUUACAUCCAGUGCAGUUGGGAAGAUUUUUGUCAUGAAGCCUUUAAAAACGCAUUUCUGUUAAAGCCACUUCCUGUAGCGAUACCACGUCUGUCCACUUGGGGGCGGCGUGUUAAGACAUGCUGGAUCAUCAGUGACUACGUUUACAUGCAGUCAAAAUUCGGGUUAUUGCUAAUAUUCCGGUUACUGAAACAUUUGGAAUAAUCUGUUUACAUGGUAAUUAAUCAUUCGGGAUAUCUCGAUCAAACCAGCGACGCACGGAGAACAACAUGACGCAUUUCCCGUCAUUUCCGCUUCUUCUUCCUGUAUCCAAAUUCAAAACAAAUGCUGCUUCGCGCAACUUUUCUCUCACCUUUUUGUAAAUCUCGCUAUCCCCUUACUUUCUACCGUCUACAAAUGUCAAAAUGUUCAUAUCCUUCAUUACAUUUAUGAAGUGAUUAGUCUCCUCCUCACUCCAAAAGUGUGGCCUGGUCUUGCGUUUCGCCGUGUUUAUAAGAACUUCCUGGACUCAAAAGACCAGGAUUCCUUGUGAACAGAGCAUGCGCAGAAAACAAAUUCAUGUUCCGUUUUAUGGGGAUAUUCCGUUUGGCGUUUACAUGACCGAAUAUUCGGUUUUUAAAAGGAGUAACCCAGGGGUCAUAUUCAGGUUUUAAAAAACCCGAAUAUGAGCAAAUUCGGGUUAUUCAAAGGGGUUAUUGGUGUUUACAUGGCCGUGCAAAUUCGGGUUAUUGCCAAUAUUCGGGUUUUAAAAGGGUUAUUGACUGACUGCAUGUAAACGCAGUCACAGGUUCUUUUGUCAACAAAGCGUUGCUAAACGCCACAGUGUGGUCAGAAGUGUUACUGUAUCAAGUAGCUUUAAUAGAAAUCUGAAAAAUAAAUAAAAUAAAAAGCUAUUUCAGUCAUUUUAAUAUUGUUGGUGAAGUUUACCGAGUUUAAACACGUUUCCUUCAGCUGUGUUGGACAACUUCUGACAUUCCAGCUUAAGAAAAUAAGAUAAGCAGCGUUGUAGGUCCCCCGUUGAAAACCAACACCAGCUUUAAGACGCAAGAAUAAAGAGCCAGUGGUUAUUUUAUUGUGCAGAUGUGGGGAAUCUAUCCUUGAUCAAAUGUUUGUUUGUAAAUUAUUUUGUUGUUGAAAUUUCACAGUUUUGUACAUUUUAAAUCUCUGAAUAGUGUUUAGUUUGUUUACUAAAAGGUAGCGCGACUUAAAAAUGUGUUUUCCGUUACAGACGACUUCUUUUCUCAGAACACAGAGAACGAGGGGAGUGGGGGGGGGGCAGCGUUUGUUAGUCAGACGGAGAAUAACAGCUAAACGCUUUCGUUGAGAGAAUGUAGAGAAAAUCUACUCAAAACAUUUGUUUGUGCGUAUUAUCUGAUUUGUGCUUGAUUUUUCUGUUUUUUUUUGUGAGUAACCUGCUCAAAGUUACGGACAAAACGAUAAUUCCGAAUUCAAAAAGCCUCCUAUACGCACAAAGCUAUAGAUACGCACAAGUGGUUUUGAGACUAUUUUCUCGCCUCCAAGGAGCGUCACAGAUUCGUACGUACAUGGUGCGUUUAAGUGCUGGUGGAAAGCUGGGUCAUCUGAACUUUCAUCUGAGUCCAGCGUUAUUUCCCUGCAUACUGCACUCUGGGUCCUUGUUCUCUGAAAAAAGAAGUCCUCAGGUAAUAUUACCAACAUCGACACGUGUCCCGGUUGAGACCGGUACUGCAACCCCAAGAUAUAAAACACUCCAGAAGUUUAUUUAUGAUAUAAUCUUAAAGACUUGAGCGUUGGUGAAUCCAAGAUUAACUUCUGAAGGUUAUGUUCACGUCUCUAAACGUAUUAACCCUCGAGGUGUCGGUAGAAAAACACUAAACUUUAUUUCACCUCCCUCACUUUACCUUGAUCAAAUCAUGGCUUUAAUGACCUUUAAAUCUAUUUAUACUUAUUUUAUUUCAGAUAUGAGGAGUCAAACUAAGAUUGCAUUAAAAUAAGUCUAUAUUUUAAUUGAAUUUAAUUAUUUUAUAAAUACUCUCCACUCAGGUUUAGUUCAGACGAGUCAAAAAACACCAUUUGUUGGAUAAUAACUCCCUGGAAUAAACUUCACCACUGAUCACCUUGUUUUGUUUGUUUAAAGAGCAGAAGUGUUAAUAACUUUAGACUGUUACAAGCUUAAAAAUCAUGAAUACUUUAUAAAGUGUAAAAACACAAACAUGUGGAGGCUGGAUUGUCGGUCGACUCUGGAUUUGUUUUGUGUGAAAGAAAUGUUUGUAUUUUAUAUCUGAGCUGAAUUAAAUGACGUUAAGA